AUGAAGAGCCUACGGAGGGAAUUUUCCACUGAUCCGCAGGCCGCCAAUGUCACCAGCAAAAUCUUCGUCAGGUCCACGAAAAGUGGAAAGGUGCAGAAGAUUGUACGUGAGCUUUAUCUGAGACAAGAUAUUCCUUGCUCGUCCAAGUUGUGUUCGCUAUGUCCUACAAUCGCGCCGGCAGAUGCGAAUGGGAAUAUUGCGCCUUUCGUCCUCUCAGAGCAACCCGCUGGCACGAGCGCUUUCCCUCGCGGUCACUACCUCGUCCCUGAUACAAACGCGCUGCUGAAUGGUAUGGAUCUGUUUGAACAUACGGGAGCUUUCUACGACGUCAUCAUUCUUCAGACGGUCCUCGAGGAACUCAAGAACCAGUCGCUGCCGCUCUACAACCGCUUGCUUUCUUUAAUUAAGACGGACGAAAAACGGUUUUACCUAUUCUUCAAUGAGUUCAGAUUGGAAACUCACGUGAGAAGAGGUCAGAAUGAGUCCAUCAAUGACAGAAAUGACCGAGCAGUACGGGCAGUGGCAAAAUGGUACUCUGAACACCUUCGCAGCACGCUGAAGAAGGGCAAGAAGGAGAAGUCGGUACCAGCUAUUGUCGUUAUCACAGAUGACAAGGAAAAUCUCCGCAAAGCAAAGGAAGAAGGUGUGACAGCGCUGUCGCUGUCCGACUACGUCUCCGGCUUGGAGGAUGCCGACAGGCUACUUGACAUGAUCAGCGAGGCGAGGGAGGCAAGGGACGCAAAGGGCGCUCGCGGCGAGCUUUUCUAUCCGGAGUAUUACUCGGUGUCGAAAAUUAUGACCGAACUGAGAGCUGGCACACUGCAUCAGGGCGUUUUCAAUGUCUCGCCGUACAACUACUUGGAAGGGUCUGUGAAUGUCGCAGCUUUUGAUAAGCCACUCCUCAUCCUGGGUCGUGAUAAUAGCAAUCGUGCUAUUGCAGGGGACAUUGUUGUUAUUGAGGUCUUACCGAAAGAUCAGUGGAAGUCACCAUCCACAAAGCUUGUUGACGAAGAAGCAGUCACGCGGAACGAUAAUCCCGAGGCGGAGGAUAAUGAAGAGGUGGUGACAGAAAAGGAGCGGAAGGCUCUGCAGGAAGAAGUCAAGAAGGCGCAUGGCAAGAAUUCUGAAGGAAGGCCGCAACCCACGGCUAAGGUUGUUGGUGUCAUCAAGCGGAACUGGCGCCAGUACGUCGGACAUGUUGAUCAAGGUUCGACGGGGGCGUCAGCCAGCUCUGGACGGCGGCAACAGAACGUUUUUGUCUUACCCAUGGAUAAACGUAUUCCAAAGAUCCGGGUCCGUACUCGGCAGGCUAGCGACCUGUUGGGCCAGCGGAUUUUGGUCACGAUUGACGCCUGGGAUCGCGAUUCUCGGUAUCCUACUGGACAUUUCAUUCGCUCUCUAGGAGGACUAGAGACCAAAGGAGCAGAGACGGAAGCCCUACUUCUUGAGUAUGACGUGCAGUACAAACCAUUCCCCAAAGCCGUUCUGGAUUGCCUUCCGUCAGAAGGACACGACUGGAAAGUUCCUGCCAACAAAGAACAUGUGGGCUGGAAAGGACGAAGAGAUCUGAGGGAUAUUCUGGUCUGCAGUAUUGAUCCUCCUGGAUGCCAAGAUAUUGAUGACGCCCUCCACGCGCGGCCUUUGCCUAACGGUAAUUUUGAAGUUGGCGUCCAUAUUGCAGACGUGUCGCAUUUUGUCAAACCGAACAAUGCCAUGGACCUGGAGGCUAGCGUCCGUGGAACGACAGUCUACCUAGUCGACAAGCGUAUUGACAUGCUUCCGCAUCUUCUCGGCACGGAUCUCUGCUCUCUCAAGCCAUACGUCGAGCGCUACGCCUUCUCCGUCCUCUGGGAAAUGACUCCGAACGCUGAAGUUGUGUCUGCUGAGUUCACAAAGUCCGUUAUUCGUUCGCGGGAGGCCUUCAGCUACGAACAGGCACAAAUGCGCAUCGACGACCCUUCGCAAAAGGAUGAGCUGACUCAGAGCAUGCGCACCCUACUCCGUCUAUCGAAAAUUCUUCGUCAGAAGCGAAUGGAUGCGGGAGCGCUGAAUCUUGCGUCACCGGAAGUUCGAAUCGAGACGGACAGCGACGAAGUUGGCGACCCGCUCACGGAUGUCAAGACGAAGGCAAUGCUUGCAACCAACAGUCUCGUUGAGGAGUUCAUGCUUCACGCCAACAUCACUGUCGCGGCCAAAAUCUACGAUAGCUUUUCCCAGACUGCUUUGCUACGUCGGCACGCCACUCCUCCGCCACAGAAUUUUGAGGAGCUCAUCAACCAGCUCUCGAAGAAACGCAAUCUGGAACUCGAUGUGUCGAGCUCGCGGGCGCUCGCUGACUCGCUUGACCGAUGCGUCGAUGCGGAGAACCCAUUCUUUAACACUCUGGUCCGUAUCCUUGCCACCAGGUGUAUGACAUCUGCGGAAUACUUCUGUGCGGGUGCGCAUGCCGAGUCUGAGUUCCGCCAUUACGGUCUGGCCUCUCCCAUCUACACACAUUUCACCUCUCCUAUCAGACGAUAUGCGGAUUUGCUCGUCCACCGACAGCUCGCAGCUGCGAUUGGAUACGAAGGCGAAGACGGCCGGGCCCAGGUUGAGGGUGUCAUGACACGCAACAGGCUCGAGGACAUCUGCCGGAAUAUCAACUACCGGCAUCGGAAUGCCCAAUUCGCCGGCCGUGCUAGCAUCGAGUACUACGUUGGACAGGCGCUCAAGGCUCGUGGGGAGAAGACGGCGGCCGAUGGUGUUGAUGCGGGUAUUGAGGAGGAAGGAUACGUCAUGCGCGUCUUUGAGAACGGCGUGGUUGUCUUCGUUCCCCGGUUUGGAAUUGAAGGCGUUGUCCGCCUGGAGGAUUUCGUACUUCCGGGCGAGUCGGCAGUCCGGUCCGUCGAGGAAAGGCGGGAGCUGCUGCUGCGACGGGAAAGCGAUUUUGACGGCGAGGAGUACACGCUCCGUGUCUCCGAGAAGGGACAUCCUGAGAAGGAACGUGGCCUUACCGUCGAGCUCUUCCAGCGAGUCAAGGUGAAUGUCAGCUCAGUGAAGGAAGAAGGCGGCCGCGGAGCUGGAAAGCGACGGGUGCGGAUACUGAUUCUGGGGGCCGGGAACUAA